CAUGGCCCCUACCCUUCAAGGACAUAUAAUCCAGAGCUAGGACAAAACCUUAACACAGGGCAAAGUACCAGUGCUCUGAGUUCAUCUGAUGAGCGAUGGGAGAAGGGGCUUGAUACUAGCCAUGUGGGAGAGACUGGGUUUCUAGAGAGUCAAGUGUGCUGGGAAAGACUUUCUGGGCAAAAGGAACAAGCAAAGGUGUGCAAAGGUAAGGAAGCAGGAAAACCUGUGCACAUCCUGAGAACUUGCCGGCCAGAGGCCUGUGAAGGAGCACAGUGGUCAGGCAGGAGAGGCAGUCGGAUCCAGGCUGAGACCAUCCUGGAGGGUCUUGAGGCUGGCUUACCCCAGGCUGUGAGUAGUGGGCUCAGCCUAGUCCUGGCUCCUGGGUUAGUGCUCACCUGCCCCUCUGCCCACUCAGGGCCUGAAGGAACGGCCUCAGAGGCCCCACCAACCAGGCUCAGGAAGGCAUUCCUAGCUCACAGUACCCUCCUGCAGUCUUGAGCCCCUACAGAAGGGGCUCCUGAGUGGGCCGCGCCACACCCCGAGGAGCAGAGGCGCAGUCCUUCCGCGUGCUCCCAGCACACUCCACCCCUGCCCAGCAUACCCAUGGGGCCCCCACCUUGCCCACCUGGGGAGAACCACCCACUCUGCCCCCGCUCAGGGAGAGUUGGUGGCCACUGCUCUAUCCCUCCCUCCCUCCCUUCCUCUUCUACCUUCUCUCUCUUCUCAUCUGGGCGCUGGAACCCAAGCGUGAAAGUGAGAGUCAGAAAGUCUCAGUCUCAAGGCAGAGCGGGGCAGCUAAUUUAAAACGGCUUCUACUCCAGCCCCCAGUGUGACUAAUCUCCUUCUCUUCGCUCUACAGGUCUAUAAAUGGGCCACACAGCAGGCGUCCCUUUUUAAAUCUG